CUCUUGCACAUGAGCGUGCCGUGACAGCCUUGUGAUGUCACAAGAAAUCAUGAACGUCAAUAAAAGUUCCUCUUUGAACCGCGCUGGCCUCGACAAUUACACCAACUUCACCUCGAGUUAAACAACUGCACUCAAUUUCUCUUCUUUAGAUUCUCCUUACUGAUCCCGAGAUACCCACAAAUAACCACACAACAUGUCGUCCAACAAGGGACAAUUCGAGCAGGGCUUCCAGCCCGAUGUUCAGCACCAACAGGCCCCCGGUCUCGAGUCCAAGCUGGACCCCCUGCCCAAGGUUGACGAGCUCCCAACACCCGAGGGAGGAGCAGAGAAGUACAAGGCGGCCGGCAAGCUCAAGGGCAAGCGCGCCAUCAUCACCGGUGGAGACUCCGGCAUUGGCCGCUCAAUCGCCGUUCUCUUCGCCAUGGAGGGCGCCGACAGCUUCAUCGCGUACCUGCCCGAGGAAGAGAAGGACGCACAAGAUACCAAGAAGAUGGUUGAGGAGAAGGGACAGAAGUGCUACACCCUGGCCGUCAACCUGAAGGAGAGGGCAAACUGCCAAAAGGUCAUUGACGAGGCUGUUAAGCAGAUGGGUGGCAUUGAUAUCCUUGUCAACAACCACGCUUACCAGAUGAUGAUCAACGACAUCCAUGACCUUUCUGAGGAACAAUGGCUCCACACCUUCGACACAAACAUCCACCCCUUCUUCUACCUCUCCAAGUACGCCCUUCCCCACAUGAAGCGCGGCGCUACCAUCAUCAACAACGCCUCCAUCAACGCCUAUGUCGGCCGCCCCGACCUCCUCGACUACACCUCGACCAAGGGCGCCAUCGUCGCUUUCACUCGCGGUCUCUCAAACCAGUAUGUCGGACGGGGUAUUCGUGUCAACGCCGUUGCACCUGGUCCUGUUUGGACGCCUCUCAUUCCUGCUACCAUGAACGACGAGGCUAUCAAGCAAUUCACUGCGCCGAUUGGCAGGCCCUCGCAGCCUAGCGAGAUUGCUACUUGCUUUGUCUUCUUGGCCAGCAAUGAUAGCAGCUCGAUUAGUGGGCAGACCAUUCACGCCAACGGUGGUACUAUCGUCAACGGUUAAGUGGGGAUUAUGCUUUAGGACUGUUUCCCUGACGCCGUUGUGGAUCAUGCACUUUACGAGUUUACGAACGUGUAAUAUAGUCAAACGAAUAAUUCAGAAUGCCAAUAACCCUCAUUCUCAUAUUGUGAUACAUGGAAUGUUGGCUGCGAUCUUUACAUUCUGCUU